CCUUGCCGCUGCUUUUGGAUCCCAAAUAUAAGCUUCUGUGGUGUAAUAGUUUUGGACCUGAGAAAUCUGCUGAGAUGGUUAUCAAAAUCAAGGCGCUCAUGCUGGGCAUGAUGCAAGAAGUUGGCUGCGGUCAAGACGUGCAGUUUAAAGAAAGCAAGAAUAGUUUUGUCGGUCCGGAUUUCCUGAACUUUUUAUACAGAGGACAAAGUAGCUUGAGCGGCCGUUUGUCGAUGCGACAGGACAGCGGAAGUGACAAAGCUGCAACGUGCGAAACUGAACUAGAGAUGUAUAUUGCCUCUUCGUGGAUAGGGACGAACCCCUUGGAAUUCUGGAAAAGUGCUGAAGCGGCCUGCUUGCCACGUUUGAAAAUUCUUGCCAAACAAGUUUUAUGCGCUCCAGCAACGACCGCUGACGUCAAACGGAUGUUUAGUGUUGCGGGAAAUUUGCUCAGUAACAGGAAAUUAAAAACUUCGGAUGAGCAUUUCGAGAGAUUACUGUUUUGUAGUAUUAAUAAGCGGCGGUUAGAUGGUGAUUUAAAUGUCGGUGGUAAGAGAAAGCUGAAUAGUUGACGGUGAUAAUAAA